GAUAAAUAAGAACGCGCCUAUGAGCCGCAAUAAGGAAGUGCUCGAGGCGUUUGAGAAUUUUAGACAGAAGCACAGUAAACAGAAUAGGGAAAUAAUAGUCAAUAACACCCUAUUGAAUAUCAGGAACCAGCAGUUGCAACAGGAUUUGGCUAAACUCUGGGAUGAAAAUACCUCGCUGAGACUACAGCUCUCACAAUCUAAUCAUCAGUUGAAAGUACGCCAGAAUAGGGUGAUUGAUCAGGUAAUAACUAAUUUACAAUCAUUGAAAUCUGAUUAUGAACCAAGUACAUUCACACAUACUUCACAACCAGUCGAAAGACGCGUCGUUGCUGUGCCGCCUUCAUUGGCUAGUAUACAAGAGGCUACUAGAACGCCGAAGGACGAAAAUACGCGUAAAGAUACGACCGAAAGACCAUCUUCGUCUCGAUCUUCGUCUGACAACGAAGAACCAUCAGUGGAAGCAGUGAAAUCUAGACGCAGAUCUACUAGAAGGCGGCAAAGUCGCAUUGAACUCCCUGAUCCUCGUUUACUUGAAAGAUCAUCGGCUGAACCUUCAGUAGCCGCUAGUGGGAACGAAGAUGAUGAAAACGAUGGAGAUACCCACAAAGCAUCUAUCAAAGCUGGCAAAAAGAGGCGAAAUAUAGAAGAUCAAGAGGAUACGCCAAAAAUGAGACGCAGGAGUUCUCAAGAUUCACCUCAGACAUCGACAUCCAGACGAAAUGGAGUUAGAAAGAUGAUGAAAUCAAAGCAAAACUUUAUAGAGGAGCCGCCAAAGAAGAGAGUCCAGAAACUAGCGCAAUCGCCUGAGAAUAUAGAGGAUAUUGAGAUUAAGGAGACCGAUAUGUCAAGGUCUGUUAGUGUGGACGCAGAAGGACGUCCAUCACGUAGGGCUCGGAAAUCAGUCAACUAUGCACUGCCUAGUCUACGUGCUAAAAUGCGCAAACCAGAUCCCCUUGAUACCGUACCGGUUGAGAUAAGCUCCGGGAAUGCAGAAUCCUUGGCUAGUGUCCUAGCAGAUGACAGUGAUUGAAGCAGUUUUGUUAUUUAUAAUUUAAAAUGUAAUUUUAGUUUUUAAAUCACUGUUAUAUACUUCAUUACAGC